CGCGGCGACCGGCUGUGUCUGCGCCUCGCGGCCUCGGAGCUCGCAGACGCUCGGGGAACAUGGCGGCGGCGGAGCCGGCGGUCCCGGCGCUCCCGGGCGGCGGCGCGGGCGCGGGGGCGCCGUCGGGUACGGUCCCCGUGCUCUUCUGCUUCUCCGUCUUCGCGCGGCCCUCGGCCGUGCCGCACGGCGCGGGUUACGAGCUGCUUAUCCAGAAGUUCCUCAGCCUGUACGGCGACCAGAUCGACAUGCACCGCAAAUUCGUGGUGCAGCUCUUCGCGGAGGAGUGGGGCCAGUACGUGGACCUGCCCAAGGGCUUCGCGGUGAGCGAGCGCUGCAAGGUGCGCCUCGUGCCGCUGCAGAUCCAGCUCACUACCCUGGGAAAUCUUACACCUUCAAGCACUGUGUUUUUCUGCUGUGAUAUGCAGGAAAGGUUCAGACCAGCCAUCAAGUAUUUUGGAGAUAUUAUUAGUGUGAGCCAAAGAUUGUUACAAGGGGCCCGGAUUUUAGGAAUUCCAGUUAUCGUAACAGAACAGUACCCUAAAGGUCUUGGAAGCACUGUUCAAGAAAUCGAUUUAACAGGAGUAAAACUGGUUCUUCCCAAGACCAAGUUUUCGAUGGUAUUACCAGAAGUAGAAGCAGCAUUAGCAGAGAUUCCUGGAGUCCGGAGUGUUGUGUUAUUUGGAGUGGAAACUCAUGUGUGCAUCCAGCAGACAGCUCUGGAGCUCGUUGGCCGAGGUAUCGAGGUUCAUAUUGUUGCUGACGCCACGUCAUCAAGAAGCAUGAUGGACAGGAUGUUUGCUCUUGAGCGUCUUGCUCGAACUGGGAUCAUAGUGACGACAAGUGAGGCGGUCCUGCUACAGCUGGUGGCUGAUAAAGACCAUCCAAAAUUCAAGGAAAUUCAGAAUCUAAUUAAGGCGAGUGCUCCAGAGUCGGGUCUGCUCUCCAAAGUAUAGGAUGUUAGAAAGACUGGGAUGCCACUCGCCGUCAGGUGGCAGGACCGUAAGCCCAGACAAGCUCUUGUCUCUACUAGAAUUAAAAUAUUAAGGCAAAAACUGGCUCCUUUUGCGCCUCUUAGUUCAAAUUUAACUGGUUAGACCAUUGGGGUACCAGCAUUUAGUUACAGAUGUCAAAGGCUUCAGGUGCUGCUUACCUUUUUAUGUUAAUGUGCUUUUAUUUAUUAAAAAAAAAUUAUCAUGGAGGUGCCUGUUUUGUCUAUACCGUAUAUACUGAUCAUACUUUCAAAAGUGCACACUCUUGUGACGUCCUCUUGUGCACAGUGAAGACAAAGAAAUACCAGUGAUGGUUUGACUUUCGUGUUAUUCUAAGGUGUAUGUUACAAUGUUAAUGUGCAGUCAGUGCUUUUACUUUACAGGUUGAUUGAAAUAGGAUUAUUAUAUGAGAAUUUAAAAACAGGACUCUGGAUCAUGUCACCCCUUUCCCUCUCAGUGCAGUCCACUUAUUUAUUAAAUGGCAUUGAUUUUACCAGAUGAAGUUACGUUAAAUAAUUAUAUCGCUUUCCUAAUUAUGCUAACUUUCUUUUUCUGCUCACCAGUCACUGAUUUUCUGUUAAUGUCUCUUUUUUUAACUGACUCUUUUACCUGGAAAGACUCGUGGGGUCAUUGCUUGUUUUAAUUUUGGAAACAGAUGGGAUGACUUGCAGUGCCAUAUAAUUAGUGGAAGGUGAUUUUAAGAUCUUUGAAGUAUUGCUUUAACUGAGUAGCUUUAUAACCAUCUUGUGCAAGAUUUAGCGAAAAGAUAAAGGCUGGAUAAAAUGUAGUUUUAAAACAUCCACAUUGUUUGAUAUUUUUUCCACCUAUCUUCUAAUUUUUGUUACUGCAAAAGGCCUCAAUAAUGAUUUGGUAGUAUUAAUUUUGUAGUCAUUACUACCCUUCAAUAAAUUUUAUUUUCACUAAA